CUUGAGUUGUUAGAUUGUUGCUAAAUAAUUUUUGAAUAUUCAAACCGAUCUAACAAAGAAGUAAUUUUAAUGGGGUUUGAUUUAGCAUAUUUCGCUGGAUCUUCCUCUACCUCUGUCCAUUGUUGUAACCCUAGGAAUUCUCUCUCCGAUCCACGACCACCACUCCUCCGCUCAUCAAUGGCAGAGCCUCUCGAUAUGAGCUUAGAUGAUAUCAUCAAGAACAACAAGAAAUCCGGAUCCUCGAACUUCAGAGGUCGUGGCGGAGCUUCUUCUGGACCAGGUCCCUCUCGCCGCUUUCGCAAUCGCGGUCUUAAUAGAGCAGCGCCCUAUUCUACUGCCCAGGCGCCGGAGACGGCUUGGUCACACGACAUGUUUGUAGAUCAUGGUGCGGCAUAUCCUUCACAGCCUGCACGGGCCUCUGCUAUCGAAACCGGCACCAAGCUUUAUGUUUCUAAUUUGGAUUAUGGUGUUUCCAACGAGGAUAUCAAGGAACUGUUUUCAGAAGUUGGUGAUCUCAAACGAUAUUCUAUCAAUUAUGAUAAAAGUGGGAGGUCAAAGGGAACAGCAGAAAUUGUUUUUUCACGACAAGCAGAUGCGCUUGCUGCUAUAAAGAGGUACAACAAUGUUCAGCUAGAUGGGAAGCUCAUGAAGUUGGAGAUUGUAGGAACUAACAUCGUGACACCUGCUGUUCCUGCUUCUGCAAAUGGCAAUUUUGGGAAUCCAAAUGGAUUUCGAAGAGGUGGACAUGUACUGGGCCGAAACCGGGGUGGUGGACGAGGACGUGGUCCUGGAAGAGGAGGACGUGGACAUGGGAGUAGCAGCAGAGGUCGUGGGGAGAAAUUAUCUGCCGAAGAUCUAGAUGCUGAUUUGGAGAAGUAUCAUGAAGAAGCCAUGCAGAUCAAUUAAAUCAUUUGGUGUGAUUUCCUGGGGCUUGAUAUUCCCAACUUCGUUAGGUGCUUGAUGAUAAAUGUGAUAAGGAUACCAUUUUCUAUUUUGCGAGUCAUAUCAUGAAGCCCUGACCUUGACAGUACCACUAGACCUUGCUAGGAUGUGGAGUUUGGGCUUCAAUUGUUAUUUGUUGCAGUAAACUACAAAGAGGUGUUAUAUAUGCUUGAAUCUGUAAUCUCCCGUUACUUAUCUGUUUCUUAAUAUUCUCCAAUCCUAUUUAUUUU